AUGUUUAUAGAUCCAUUGAUUCAAUUAGAUGAAUUUGAUACUUAUGUUAUAUUAGAAAAGUUAAAAUAUAUUAUAGCAAUGCACACACCAGUUUUAUUAAAAGAAAUGUUAUCUUUACUUUCGCCACAAGACGAUGAUAUAUAUAUAGAUGCAACAUUUGGUGCUGGGGGAUACAGUAAAGCGAUAUUAAAUUCUGCGAAUUGCAAGGUAUAUGCAAUCGAUAGAGACGCAAUGGUUACUAAAUUCUUCCAAGAUCUAAACACUGAAUAUCCAAAUAAAAUAAAGUUAUUUAUUAACAAGUUUAGUGAUAUAAAAAAUCUACUAAAUACCAAAGGUAUAGGUAUAGAUGGAGUAGUAUUUGAUAUAGGAGUUUCAUCUAUGCAACUUGAUAGUAAAGAACGAGGGUUCUCAUUUAUGUAUAAUGGACCGCUUAAUAUGAGCAUGGAUAACUCUUCUCAUGUAAACGCUUCAACAUUUGUUAAUGCUUUGCGAGAAGAAGAAAUUGCCAAUACCAUAUAUAAUUAUGGUGGAGAACGUCAUUCUCGCAGGGUUGCAAAGGCGAUAGUAAAUGCACGAAAGAAAAAACUGAUCAAAAGUACAUUUGAGCUUGCAGAGAUCGUACGCUCUGUGGUGCCGCGUGGAAAAAGUAAAAUUGAUCCUGCCACCAGAACAUUCCAAGCAAUAAGGAUAUGGGUAAAUGAUGAGCUAA